AUGGAAGAUCUCAAGGACGUAUUUAUUAGUCCCUUACCGGACUCUCCAUAUGUAAAGCCUUUUAGGUUCAAUUACACACAGAAUGGUAAGCAGAAAAGCUGGGAUCUACUAGAAGUUCAUGACAGUGUUGCAAUUGUCGUUUUUAAUAUCACUAGGAAAGUAAUGGUUUUUGUUAAACAAUUUCGACCUGCUAUCUACUAUAACUGCAUUAGCCCAGAAGAUCGCAAAUCAACAACAAUAGACACAAGUAAAUAUCCAGCAUCUCUGGGUAUAGCUCUUGAGAUGUGUGCAGGCAUCAUUGACAAGGAUAAAUCUGUGGAACAUAUAGCUCAAGAAGAGGUGCUUGAAGAAUGUGGCUAUAGUGUGCCACUAAGUGGCUUGCAUAGGAUUACUUCUUACAGGUCGGGAGUAGGAGUGCAAGGAGCCCUGCAAACAUUCUUUUAUUGUGAGGUUACAGAUGCAAUGAAGACUGAACAAGGGGGUGGUGUAGAUGACGAGUUGAUAGAAGUGGUUGAGAAAACUAUUCCGGAGAUAGAAGAGAUGGUGAAUUCGCCUGGACCCAUACCGAGCCCACCCAGUUGUCUUUUCGCUCUGAUGUGGUUUCUAUACAAUAAGGCAGACAAGUUCAGAAAGAUGUCAAUAAAUUCUUUUGAUGAACUUCAUAAUGGCAUACGUGAUAAAUGA